AGAGCAAGGCGCCUUUUCUGAGUUCACGUCGGCACGAGUCACUACUCUGUUUUUAGCCCAACUUAGCUUUCAUCAUAUAGCAAUAGAAAACCACAACAACGUCAACAGAAGUACCAUCCCGUUAAGCUGCAUUAUACAACAUGGCUACUAAAAAGAAACGAACGCCUAAUGUGCAAAAUGACAGUUGGGUUGUCAUGGCUGCAGACUCUGUCAUCGACACUCAGAAGCACGACAGUGACCCAGCUUUUGUGAGACUGAGGAAUCCUGCUACAGAUGCAGCAUCUCUGUACAUGCUGAGCAGUGGUGAUGUACAGCUGUUUGAGGUCAAAGCGUUUGAAGAAGAUUUCCACUCCUGGUUUGUUGGCCAGACUGUACAGAGAGAUGGGAGACUUCUCUUUGUAACACCAAUGGAUCCUCUCUAUCUAAUUAUACCCUAUUUGAUCAAAUCUGGCAAAGAGUGCAAGUUCCAGCCCAUGGAUCAAGUGCUUAUGGAUGAGGAGUUCCCAGCUUGCUCAAGGCUGCUGAGCUGCACUGGUUCCCUGGCCUCCCUGCACCACAUCGCUGAGGAAAAAGAGGUAGAAAAACUGAAGUUCCAUCGAUACAGUCAAGAGAAGACGAUGAACUGGUUGAAGAAAAAGGUGGAGAGGACAGUCAUUGUGCUCAAAGCCAGAAAUAUCUCCGUGGGAGAAGGAGUCAAAUCCACAACAUACAUCAGAGUGAAGUCAGAGUCGGACUACCAUGAGGAGGACUACCUACGCCAUGCUCAUGGCAUGAUAUCAGAGUACCUCAGUGAGGAGCUGAGCAAAGCCCUCCUCAAACACUUGCAGUUACCAGAGCUCACGAGCCCAAAAGUGACAGAACCUCCUUCCAAGAAGCGGAAACUUUCAGAAUUACCAGUGGAGGCCGGAGAGGACUACACCAAAUUCAACAGUUCAGACUUUGCGCGGAAACCGCCAAAGAAAAUGACAGCGGCUCAGAAAUCUCUGGCUAAAGUGGACAAGUCCGGCAUGAAGUCGAUGUCGUCAUUCUUCAGCCCGAAAGUCAAAGCAGAAAAGAAUUGAAUGUUGUAUAGUUUCCAGUUUUAUAUAUGAAACAUUUGUAAUAAAGAAAAUGUAUUUGA